AUGUCAACUAGUGAAAAAGACAAUACUUUAGCUAUUGAAGUCACAGAUCUUACGUAUGAGUUUCCUGGAAGUAAGAAAAUAGGAUUAGAAAAUUUUAAUUUAUCAAUACCUUGGGGUACAACAAAUUUAGUAGUUGGACCUAAUGGAGCAGGUAAAUCAACAUUACUUCGAAUUUUAGCAGGUAAAACAUUAAUUAAAAAAGGACAUCUUAAACUUGGAGGAUUUGAUCCUUUCCAUUUUUCAUCACAACGUCAUGAACAACAUAAUUCAGAUAUAAAUAGUUAUAUGACUUAUUUAGGUACUGAAUGGGCUACCAAUUCAAUUAUUAAAAGAGAUAUUCCUGUUAAUUUAUUAUUGGCUUCAAUUGGUGGAGAAACCUAUGAAGAUAGAAGAAAUUUAUUAAUUGAUAUUUUAGAUAUUGAUCCAAGUUGGUCAAUGUUGAAUAUAAGUGAUGGUGAAAGACGUCGUGUACAAAUUGCUAUGGGUUUGGUUAAACCUUGGAAAUUGUUAUUAUUAGAUGAAGUUACUAUUGAUUUAGAUGUUGUUGUUAGACUGAAAUUAUUGGAAUAUUUGAAACAAGAAUGUAUUACUAGAAAUUGUACUGUUGUUUAUGCAACUCAUAUUUUCGAUGGGUUAGGUCAUAAAUGGUGUGAUAGAGUUAUUCAUAUAGAUGCUGGUGUUAAAUUAAAUGAUGUUAAUAUUAAAGAUAUAGAAUUUGUUGAUGAUAAUGGUAAAGUAGAGGUUGGAAAGGAUAAAAUCAUUGUUGGUAAAGCGGAAUCAUUACAUCCAUUGGCAUUAUAUUGGCUAAAUCAAGAUUUAACAAGAAGAGGAACAAGAGAAGAUGAAAAAGUUAAAAUGAGUCAAAGACAUAAUGAUUGGAUUAAUUCAAGAGAUGGAAAAUAUUUUGAUGCCGAUGAUUCUAAAUUAGCCCAAUAUUUUAAAAACACUAGAAGUACCAAAUAG